AUGACUGGCUUGAAACAACAUGCAAUUCCCCCCAGGUCGAAAGUCCUCGUCACCGGAGCAAACGGCUUUAUCGCUUCACAUAUUAUCAAUGUUUUGCUAGAGCUUGGCUACACGGUUAGAGGAACUGUGCGGACUCCGACUCCAUGGCUGGAUGAUUAUUUUGCAGAUCAAUGGGGUUCAGGUCGGUUCGAGUCCGUCCUGGUACCGGACUUCCAGCAGCGCAACGCAUUUGAUGAAUGUGUACAAGGAGUUUCGGGAAUUAUCCAUGUUGCUCAAGCUAUGCCCAGUGCUCCAGUCGUGAAGGAUGUGGAUGAAGCAGUGGCAUACACAGUGAAAGGCAGUGUAAAUCUUCUCCAGGCUGCAUCAGCGCAGACGUCGGUGAAGCGAGUUGUCUUCACCUCGUCCAUUGUCGCUGCAGGCUACCCUAAAGGUCCCGGGUUUAAACUGGAUGUGGAUUCUUGGGAUCAAAGUGUGAGCAAACGAUUGAAACCACCAGCGGAGCGGUCUGCCUAUCGAGAGUGCAAAGCUCAAGGAGAGUUUCAGGCGUGGAAAUGGGUUGAGAAGAAUCAACCAGGUUUUGAAUUCAAUACCGUCCUUCCGUGGUUCACGUUGGGCAAGGUGCUCCAUCCAAACAUUGGGGGCUCAACAAUGGGAUAUGUCACUGGGUUGCUUCAAGGCAAUACGCAGCCAUUCAAGUUCCUCCCUCUUCCAUGGUUUGUGGAUGUAGUGGAUACUGCGCGCCUACAUACAAUUGCGCUAUUUUGUUCAAGUGUGAAAUCUGAGCGACUCUUUGCUGCUGCAGGGCCGUUCAGUUGGCAAGAGGUAAUUGAGAUUCUCAAACAGCUGCAACCCGGAAACAUCUCUAUUCCAACCACAACUUCACAGGAAGAGCCAACCAUCGGCGAAGUUGUACCGGCAUCCAGAGCUUUGAAACUGCUCAAUGAGUACUUUGGACAAAUUAGCUGGACGCCUUUGGCAACUAGUCUGGAAAGAGCCAUUCAAAAGACUGUUAUUCGUUAG